GAGUAAAGGGUAGAAACAACAGUCGCUCGAACCUCGUAUGUGUGCAAUGAUGAGCCUCCAAUACUGUGGAUUGGUCCUUUUGGCGGGUCUUUUGUUGGUUUCCGCCCACCCUGGAACCGACUCGAAGGCUGAAGCUAAGGAUGAUAAAGUUUCUUCAGUAGCCGAGAAGAAACAGGAAAAACGUGGUCUUCUUGAUCUUGGUUACGGUGGAGGACACGACUUUCUAGGAGGAGGUCUUGAACUUGGUCAUGGUUUGGAUUUGGGUGGACAUGGUGGUUUUGACGGAGGGUAUGGUGGAUUAGACGAUGGUCAUAUCAAACACGUUACCAUCACCAAAGAAGUUAAAGUACCUGUUCCAGCACCAUAUCCCGUACAUAUCGAAAGAAAAGUACCAGUUCCAGUGCCAGUUAAAGUACCUGUACCAGUAGAUCGUCCAUAUCCAGUACAUGUACCUAAACCAUAUCCAGUUCACAUAGAGAAACCAGUACCAUACCCAGUAAUUAAGAAGGUACCAUAUCCCGUUAAAGUACCAUACAAAGUACCUGUGCCAGUACCUCACCCAGUACCUGUUCCAAAACCAGUACCAUACCCAGUUCACAAGCCAGUGCCAUACCCAGUUAAGGUACCCGUAAUCGUAGAGAAGAAAGUCCCAGUUAUUAUCCACGGCCAUGACGAUCAUGGAUUUGGAGGCGGUUUUGAUGGUGGUUUGCAUGGUUUUGGAGGUGGGCUAGACCUGCACAGCCACCAUUAUUAAACCAAACAUUAAAAAAGUGACUGUUGUUUCUAUUUCAUUGUUUUAAUUUUCAUGUUUAUUUUGUUGCACCGUUGUUUUCUUCUCAUCUUUUACUUGUAAUAUAAAUUUAUUUAUACACUUUUUUCUACUUUAAUAAAAAUAUUUUUGU